CCACACUCCACUCUCGCUCCCUUUCUAUCUCUCUCAAAAUGGCUAAAGCCUCCAUCAAUUAUCCACUCUCAAUCCGAUCCAUUUCUAUUUAUAUUUAACUAAGUCUACUCUAACACAAUCAAAACUUAGUUUUUGCUUUCUGGGUUUUGUUAUCUUAAUUCUUGUAGACAUGGAUUCUUGGUUUUGAUCAUAAAAAUCAUAUCUUUUGAGCUUCAAACGACAAACCCAUUUGGAUAUUAACAAUAUUCAGCUCAAAGUUUCAAUCUUUAGCUUAAAGUUUCAAUCUUAAUGUGUAAAUGAUCGUUGACAAUUUUCUUCUUGUUGUAAUUCGUCUUCAAAGAUGAUGCCAGAUAUUUCAGUACGAUCAUCCAUGUUUAAGAGCCCUGAUUACGUUGAAGAUUUAGGCAAGCUGAUUCGUGAACAAAAGCAGCAGCAGCAGCAACAACAACAACAAACAUCAGUCAAUACUGCAACUAGUGCGACUGAUCUUGAGAAAGAACUCAAUAUUUAUCGAAGUGGGUCAGCCCCACCAACUGUUGAAGGUUCUUUAAGCUCAAUAGGUGGUUUGUUCAAGCAACUUGGGAACAACAAAGGUGGCUUCUCGAGUGAGGAGGAGUUGAGGGCUGAUCCAUCGUAUGUAAAUUAUUAUUACUCUAAUGUCAACUUGAAUCCAAGGUUGCCUCCACCUUUGUUGUCCAAGGAGGAUUGGAGGUUUACACAAAGGCUGAGAGGAGGUGGAGAAGUGGGAGGGAUUGGUGAUAGGAGGAAGGGAAAUGGGUCGCUUUUUGCGGUGCAGCCGGGGUUUGGAGGGAGCGAUGAGGAGAAUGGUGGAGCUGGUGGUGGCGGUGGAGGAGAGUGGGGAGGAGAUGGGUUGAUUGGGUUGCCUGGGUUGGGGUUGGGAAGUAGGCAGAAGAGCAUUGCAGAGAUCAUUCAGCAGGAUGAUAUAAAUCAUGCAGCCCCUGUCUCAAGGCAUCCUUCUCGUCCUGCGAGCCGCAAUGCAUUUGAGGAUGGUGUUGAGACUUCUGAAACCCAGUUUGCUCAUCUGCAUCAUGAUUUGGCAACCAUUGAUGCUUUGCGUUCUGGUGCAAAUAAGCAGGGUCUGCCUGCUGUACAAAAUGUUGGUGCAUCAGCUUCUCAUUCUUAUGCAUCUGCUUUAGGUGCUUCCUUGUCGAGAAGCACCACACCUGAUCCACAACUUGUAGCUAGGGCUCCCAGUCCUCGCAUUCCACCAGUUGGAGAAGGGAGGGGUAGCAUGGAUAAAAGAAAUGUCGGCGUUCAAAACUCAUUAAAUGGUGUUUCUUCAAGUUUGAAUGAGUCUGUGGAGCUAGCAGCUGUUUUGUCUGGCCUGAAUCUGUCAACGGAUGAUAUGGUAGAUCAAGAGAAUCAUUCACGGUCACAAAAUCAACAUGAAAUUGAUGAUCGCCAUAGUCUCUUCAAUUUGCAAAGUGAUGCAAACCACAUGACACAAAAUUCAUACUUAAAUAAGUCGGAACCUGGGCAUUUUCAACUGCAUUCCGCUUCCCACUCUACUAAGGGAUCUUAUUCAAAUAUGGGUAAAAGCAGUGGGCUUGGGAUUGGUAUGAACAACAAUUCUUUCAUGGCUGAUGUGCAUAAGCCUGCUUUGUCAUCUGCCAACUCAUACCUAAAAGGACCCUCCAUUCCAACUCUAAAUGGUGGAGGAAGUUCACCUUCUCAACCUCAAAUGGUUGGCAACAUGAAUUCUGCAUUUUCGAACUUUAGUUUAAAUGGGUUUGCAAUGAAUCCUUCAUCGCCACCCAUGAUGGGAAGCCCGAUGGGAAGUGGUGCUUUGCCACCGUUAUUUGAAAGUGCUGCUGCCGCCUCUGCAAUGGGAGCAAAUGGUCUGGACUCUAGAUCAUUGGGGACAAAUUUGGGUUUAGGACCAAAUAUAAUGGCAGCAGCAGCAGAAUUGCAGAACAUUAAUAGACUGGGGAAUCACACUUCUGGAAAUGCUCUUCAGAUGCCUCUGAUGGACCCAUUGUAUGUUCAGUACUUGAGAUCAAACGAAUAUGCUGCAGCACAGGUUGCAGCUCUCAAUGACCCCGCAAUGGACGUUAAUAAUUCAUAUAUGGAUUUGCUUGGACUCCAGAAAGCUUACCUAGGAGCACUGCUGUCACCUCAAAAAUCUCAGUAUGGUGUACCCUAUCUUGGUAAAUCCGGUAGCUUGAAUCAUAAUUUCUAUGGCAAUCCUGCAUUUGGUCUUGGCCUUCAGUAUCCUGGGAGUCCCCUUCUUCCAAAUUCUCCUGUUGGAUCGGGUAGUCCUGUCAGGCAUGGGGAGCGUAAUAUGCGCUUUUCUUCUGGGAUGAGGAAUCUAUCUGGGGGUGUCAUGGGACCUUGGCACUCAGAAGGUGGUGGGGGCUUGGAUGAAAGUUUUGCAUCCUCUUUAUUGGAUGAGUUUAAAAGCAACAAAGCUAAAUGCUUUGAACUGUCAGAAAUUGCUGGUCAUGUUGUUGAGUUCAGUGCGGAUCAGUAUGGAAGUCGG